AUGAGUGCUCCGAUGGAGAUCUCUAUGCAAAAUACAGCCGACGGUGACACCUCCGAGCAACAAAAUGGGGGCGUUUUGGAGCCAGUACCUCCUAUCCAUCCUCCUCCUCCUCCUGCAUUGACUAGUGAAGACAAAUUUCUUGUGUCAGUUGAAGUUUGCUUGAAACCCUUUAGUACAGCACGGAUCGAUGAUGUGCGGUCAGCAGUUGAAAGAAUGCUUGAAAAGAGGAGUUUGAGCUAUGUUGAUGGUCCAAUUCCUCAGCCAUUUGAUGACCCCUUUCUUGUAGAGAAUGUACAAAGGAUAUGUGUUUGUGACACAGAUGAAUGGGUGGACAACCAUGACAUUCUCUUGUUCUGGCAAGUCAAACCCGUUGUACAUGUCUUUCAGCUUAGCGAGGAAGGACCAUGUGAAGAAUUAAGUGGGGAUGGCCAACUUUCUAGCUUUAGUGAAUGGAUUCUUCCUGCCAAGGAAUUCAAUGGCAUGUGGGAAAGCUUAAUUUAUGAAUCUGGCCUCAAGCAGAGGUUGUUGCGUUAUGCGGCAAGUGCUUUGCUUUUUACUGAAAAAGGUGUUGAUCCUUCCCUUGUAUCAUGGAACCGAAUCGUUCUUCUACAUGGACCUCCAGGGACAGGCAAGACAUCUUUGUGCAAAGCACUAGCUCAAAAAUUGUCCAUACGUUUCAACACCAGAUAUCCACAGUGCCAAUUGGUUGAAGUAAAUGCGCAUUCUUUGUUCAGUAAAUGGUUUUCUGAAAGUGGAAAGUUGAUGAAGUUGAGAGCCUUGCUGCUGCUAGAAAGGCUGCUUUGUCUGGCUCUGAACCUUCGGAUUCUAUACGGGUAUCUUGCCUUUGUAAUUCUAGACUGA